AUGGCGCCUGGGAACCCGUGGCGGCCGCCGUCGCUGCCGCUGCUGCUGCUGCUGACGCUGGCGGCGGGUGCGGGCGGCCUGGAGUUCGGCGGCGGCCCGGGGCAGUGGGCGCGCUAUGCGCGCUGGGCCGGAGCGGCGAGCAGCGGCGAGCUCAGCUUCAGCCUGCGCACCAACGCUACUCGCGCGCUGCUGCUCUACCUGGACGACGGCGGGGACUGCGACUUCCUGGAGUUGCUGCUGGUGGAAGGGCGCCUGCGGUUGCGCUUCACGCUCUCGUGCGCCGAGCCCGCCACGCUGCAGCUGGACACGCUGGUGGCCGACGACCGCUGGCACAUGGUGCUGCUGACCCGCGACGCGCGCCGCACAGCCCUGGCGGUGGACGGCGAGGCCCGCGCCGCCGAGGUGCGCUCGAAGCGGCGCGAGAUGCAGGUGGCCAGCGACCUGUUCGUGGGAGGCAUCCCACCCGACGUGCGACUCUCGGCGCUUACGCUCAGCACCGUCAAGUAUGAGCCGCCCUUCAGCGGCCUCUUGGCCAACCUGAAGCUGGGCGAGCGGCCCCCCGCGCUGCUGGGCAGCCAGGGCCUGCGCGGCGCCGCAGCCGACCCGCUGUGCGCGCCAGCGCGCAACCCCUGUGCCAACGGCGGCCUCUGCACCGUGCUGGCUCCCGGCGAGGUGGGCUGCGACUGCAGCCACACGGGCUUCGGCGGCAAGUUCUGCAGCGAAGAGGAGCACCCCAUGGAAGGUCCGGCUCACCUGACGUUAAACAGCGAAGUAGGGUCCUUACUGUUCUCCGAGGGGGGGGCCGGGAGAGGAGGAGCCAGCGAUGUGCACCAGCCGACAAAAGGCAAGGAGGAGUUUGUGGCGACCUUCAAAGGCAAUGAGUUCUUCUGCUAUGACCUGUCACACAACCCGAUCCAGAGCAGCACGGACGAGAUCACGCUGGCCUUCCGCACCCUGCAGCGCAACGGGCUGAUGCUGCACACGGGCAAGUCGGCCGACUAUGUCAACCUGUCCCUCAAAUCUGGGGCUGUCUGGCUUGUCAUCAACCUGGGCUCGGGAGCCUUUGAGGCCCUUGUGGAACCCGUCAAUGGCAAGUUCAACGACAACGCCUGGCACGACGUCCGGGUCACUCGAAACCUGCGCCAGCACGCAGGCAUUGGACACGCUAUGGUAAACAAACUGCAUUAUCUGGUGACCAUCUCCGUGGACGGGAUCCUGACCACCACAGGCUACACGCAGGAGGAUUACACCAUGCUGGGCUCUGACGACUUCUUCUACAUUGGGGGCAGCCCCAACACGGCGGACCUGCCGGGCUCGCCCGUCAGCAACAACUUCAUGGGCUGCCUCAAGGAUGUGGUGUAUAAGAAUAAUGACUUCAAGCUGGAGCUGUCCCGCCUGGCAAAGGAAGGAGACCCCAAGAUGAAGCUGCAGGGGGACCUGUCUUUCCGCUGUGAGGAUGUGGCUGCCCUGGACCCUGUGACCUUCGAGAGCCCUGAGGCCUUUGUGGCGCUGCCCCACUGGAGCGCCAAGCGCACCGGCUCGAUCUCGCUAGACUUCCGCACCACUGAGCCCAACGGGCUGCUGCUCUUCAGCCAGGGCCGGCGGGCUGGGGCUGGGGCCGGCAGCCACGGUGCUGCCCCGCGGGCUGACUACUUUGCCAUGGAGCUGUUGGACGGCUACCUCUACCUUCUGCUGGACAUGGGGUCUGGGGGCAUCAAGCUGCGGGCGUCCAGCCGCAAGGUCAACGACGGCGAGUGGUGCCAUGUGGACUUCCAGAGGGACGGGCGCAAAGGCUCCAUCUCGGUGAACAGCCGCAGCACGCCAUUCUUGGCCACCGGGGAGAGCGAGAUUCUGGACCUGGAGAGCGAGCUGUACCUGGGCGGCCUACCUGAAGGCGGGCGGGUGGACCUGCCCCUGCCCCCAGAGGUGUGGACGGCGGCGCUGCGGGCUGGCUACGUGGGUUGCGUGCGGGACCUCUUCAUAGACGGGCGUAGCCGAGACCUCCGGGGCCUGGCGGAGGCGCAGGCGGCUGUGGGCGUCGCCCCCUUCUGCUCCCGGGAGACGCUGAAGCAGUGUAACUCCGCCCCCUGCCGCAAUGGCGGCGUCUGUCGAGAGGGCUGGAACCGCUUCGUCUGUGACUGCGUCGGGACCGGCUUUCUGGGGCGGGUCUGUGAGAGAGAGGCCACGGUCCUGAGCUACGAUGGCUCCAUGUACAUGAAGAUCAUGCUGCCCAACGCCAUGCACACGGAGGCGGAGGACGUGUCUCUGCGCUUCAUGUCUCAGCGGGCCUACGGGCUCAUGAUGGCCACCACCUCCAGGGAGUCAGCUGACACCCUGCGCCUGGAGCUGGACGGGGGCCAGAUGAAGCUCACCGUCAACCUCGACUGCCUGCGCGUCGGCUGCGCACCCAGUAAAGGCCCCGAGACGCUCUUUGCGGGGCACAAGCUCAAUGACAAUGAGUGGCACACGGUGAGGGUGGUGCGGCGUGGCAAGAGCCUGCAGCUGUCAGUGGACAACGUGACCGUGGAGGGACAGAUGGCAGGAGCUCACACGCGGCUGGAGUUCCACAACAUUGAGACAGGCAUCAUGACGGAGCGGCGUUUCAUCUCUGUGGUGCCCUCCAACUUCAUCGGGCACCUGAGCGGGCUGGUGUUCAAUGGCCAGCCCUACAUGGACCAGUGCAAGGACGGCGACAUCACCUACUGCGAGCUCAAUGCUCGCUUUGGCCUGCGUGCCAUCGUGGCUGACCCCGUCACCUUCAAGAGUCGCAGCAGUUACCUGGCACUCGCCACGCUCCAAGCCUACGCCUCCAUGCACCUCUUCUUCCAGUUCAAGACUACAGCCCCCGACGGGCUCCUCCUGUUCAACUCGGGCAAUGGCAACGACUUCAUUGUCAUCGAGCUGGUCAAGGGGUACAUCCACUACGUGUUUGACCUGGGGAAUGGCCCGUCCUUGAUGAAGGGGAACUCAGACAAACCAGUCAAUGACAACCAGUGGCACAACGUGGUGGUGUCCAGGGACCCCGGCAACGUGCACACGCUCCAGAUCGACUCCCGCACUGUCACUCAGCACUCCAAUGGCGCCCGAAACCUCGAUCUCAAAGGGGAGUUGUACAUUGGCGGUCUCAGCAAGAAUAUGUUCCACAACCUGCCCAAACUGGUGGCCUCCCGGGAUGGCUUUCAGGGCUGCCUGGCCUCGGUGGACCUCAACGGGCGCCUCCCUGACCUCAUCGCUGACGCCCUGCACCGCAUCGGGCAGGUGGAGAGGGGCUGUGACGGCCCCAGCACCACCUGCACCGAAGAGUCUUGUGCCAACCAGGGCGUCUGCCUACAGCAGUGGGAUGGCUUCACGUGCGACUGCACCAUGACCUCCUACGGAGGCCCCGUCUGCAACGACCCCGGGACCACAUACAUCUUUGGGAAGGGGGGAGCGCUCAUCACCUACACAUGGCCUCCCAACGACCGGCCGAGCACGAGGAUGGACCGCCUGGCCGUGGGCUUCAGCACGCACCAGCGGAGCGCCGUGCUGGUGCGGGUGGACAGCGCCUCCGGCCUCGGGGACUACCUGCAGCUGCACAUCGACCAGGGCACCGUGGGGGUGAUCUUUAACGUGGGCACGGACGACAUUACCAUCGACGAGCCCAACGCCAUCGUGAGCGACGGCAAAUACCACGUGGUGCGCUUCACUCGAAGCGGCGGCAAUGCCACCUUGCAGGUGGACAGCUGGCCGGUCAACGAGCGGUACCCGGCAGGAAACUUUGAUAACGAGCGCCUGGCGAUUGCUAGACAGAGAAUCCCCUACCGGCUUGGUCGAGUAGUAGAUGAAUGGCUGCUCGACAAAGGCCGCCAGCUGACCAUCUUCAACAGCCAGGCUGCCAUCAAGAUUGGGGGCCGGGAUCAGGGCCGCCCUUUCCAGGGCCAGGUGUCCGGCCUCUACUACAAUGGGCUCAAGGUGCUGGCGCUGGCCGCCGAGAGCGACCCCAACGUGCGGACCGAGGGCCACCUGCGCCUGGUGGGGGAGGGGCCGUCCGUGCUGCUCAGUGCGGAGACCACGGCCACCACCCUGCUGGCCGACAUGGCUACCACCAUCAUGGAGACCACCACCACCAUGGCCACCACCACCACGCGCCGGGGCCGCUCCCCCACGCUGAGGGACAGCACCACCCAGAACACAGAUGACCUCCUGGUGGCCUCGGCCGAGUGUCCGAGCGACGACGAGGACCUAGAGGAGUGUGAGCCCAGUACUGGAGGAGAGUUAAUAUUGCCCAUUAUCACGGAGGACUCCUUAGACCCCCCUCCCGUGGCCACCCGAUCCCCCUUCGUGCCCCCACCCCCUACCUUCUACCCCUUCCUCACGGGCGUGGGUGCCACCCAAGACACCCUGCCCCCGCCCGCGGCCCGCCGCCCGCCCGCCGGGGGCCCGUGCCAGGCCGAGCAGGACGACAGCGACUGCGAGGAGCCUAUCGAGGCCUCGGGCUUUGCCUCCGGGGAGGUCUUUGACUCCAGCCUCCCCCCCACGGACGACGAGGACUUUUACACCACCUUUCCCCUGGUCACGGACCGCACCACCCUCCUCUCCCCCCGCAAACCCGCUCCCCGGCCCAACCUCAGGACAGAUGGGGCCACGGGCGCCCCUGGGGUGCUGCUCGCCCCCUCCGCCCCGGCCCCCAACCUGCCAGCGGGCAAAAUGAACCACCGAGACCCGCUGCAGCCCCUGCUGGAGAACCCACCCCUGGGGCCCGGGGCCCCCACGUCCUUCGAGCCGCGGAGGCCCCCUCCCCUGCGCCCCGGCGUGACCUCCGCCCCCGGCUUCCCCCAUCUGCCCACAGCCAACCCCACGGGGCCUGGGGAGCGGGGCCCGCCGGGCGCAGUGGAGGUGAUCCGGGAGUCCAGCAGCACCACGGGCAUGGUGGUGGGCAUCGUGGCGGCCGCGGCACUCUGCAUCCUCAUCCUCCUCUAUGCCAUGUACAAGUACCGCAACCGCGACGAGGGCUCCUACCAGGUGGACCAGAGCCGGAACUACAUCAGUAACUCGGCCCAGAGCAACGGGGCGGUGGUGAAAGAGAAGGCCCCGGCUGCCCCCAAGACGCCCAGCAAGGCCAAGAAGAACAAAGACAAGGAGUAUUACGUCUGAGCCCCCGGCACCGCGCCCCACUGCCAGCUGCCCCUCCUGGGAGGGCCCGAGAGGAGGGUGCGGCCCUCUCCCUGCCGGGGCCCUGGGGACCCACUCCCUGGCUGCCUCAGACUUCUCUCACGAAGAGGAAACGCAAAAAAAUGAAAAAAAAAAAAAAAAAAGGAAAACCCCGUGCUCGUCCCCUUCCUCCUGCCGUCCGUCGGCGCGGAGUCAUCGUGCGUCCUGGGGCUGUCUGUCCCUCUCAGCUCUGCGCCCAUCGGGCAGGGCACGUGCUCACAGCCCUGGGUUGAUUUAUUUUUUUAAGGGGGGUAGUUUUAUUUUGGUGGGGUUGGGAGGGAAGGAAGACUGGGGGUUUUGUACAGUGUCAACUACUCGUCCUGUUCAUUUUCCUCCAUUUUUCUUCCUCCUCCCUCUGUUCCCCCAGCCUUCCUUCUCUUCCCAAGCCCUCCAGUCCCCACCCCAGGCUUGCUAUGUCUCUCUGUCCCCACCCUCCUUCCCCAGUUCUCCUUUUUGUGUGUGUCUGGUUUCCCCCUUCCUUUCCUCCCUUUGGGUUUCCAGAGUCGGUGGGAGAAGGGCGGGAGGGUGGGCGGAGCGUCCCAGCGGGGGGCGGGGCCGGGGCCGGGAUGGCCCCGAUAGCCAUGGCUCCGCCCACCAGGAGGAGGCGCCUGCCUGGUUCCGCCCAGGGAAGGGGCUCGGGCCUGGGAAGACCUGUUCUGUUGUGUGCCGCCGGGCGACGUGCAUUG